CUCCAGGACACUUAUACGAGCCUCUUCAUUUGCUGAUAGGUUGAAGCUGCUCCUCGCCAGAGACUUCCCCAUUGACCUCCGGACAAGCUGCAAAUAAUUUCUGGGGCAGGGCGGGGUCGUAUGCCCGUUCGAUAUUCGAAGUCAGGAGAUCGACUGUCAAGGGUACCGUCGCCACGCCUGGCCAAACCAUGACGAGCGUGGCCGGUCGAGUACGCUGGUAAGCACUGCCUGUUGCCCUUGACCAUAGUACGUCGGUCUGGGAAGUGAAGCAUCCGACCUGGCCACCCCUGGCUACGUUCCCGAGCUCUUCUUGCGUACUUGCUUGGUGGUUCACAGCUGAAGCUGCGAUAAGGGCCGAAUCGUGCCCAGGCUUGACUCGUUGAAUCCAGUGGCAGUCAUUAUACGAAGACCCUUUAUACCUUCCUCCUCCCCAGUCACUGUGCCAGGACACCAUUUCGCAAGCCUUUGCGCCCUCCGAGUUGCAACAAUGGUUUUGACAGCUGAUCCAUACUACAACCGCAAGCCUGUCCCUGACGACCUGAUCAAGGACGUCGGGACCACUGGCCUCACCCCAGAGCAAGAAUACUGGAACCGUGAACGCAAGUAUAGCGUCAACGGCGUUGAUGUCAGAAGAUUCAGCAACAGCAAAAAGGGGGGCUUGGAGCCUCAAGAUGACCCAUACUACGGCCGCAAACGAGUAUCUGAUGCUGAGAUCAUCAAUGUUGGAGAGACCGGCCUGACACCUGAGCAAGAGUACUGGAACCGAGAACGCAAAUACAGUGUUGGCGGCGUCGACGUCAGGAAAUUCAGUACUAGUAGGAAAGGAGGCCUGGAACCUCAAAGCGAUCCGUACUACGGCCGCAAACGGGUGUCUAACGCUGAAAUUGCCGGCGUCGGCGAGACGGGUAUGACUCCCGCCGAACAGUACGAAGUCCGUGAGCGCAAGCAAUCUCUCUUCCAACUCUCGACCGACCCCUUCGAGAAUAUCGCUGGCCGUCACCGCACCAGCAUCUCUGGCGUCGCUAGCGGCGCAUCUGCUGCAGCAACUCGCCGCCGCAGCUCUGCCGUGGCUCCAGACGCCCAGCCUGGGGCUCUGCACAGCGGCUACCAUGGUGAGAACCUCGCUACUAUCGAGAGCAGGGCCGAGGGUCCGCCGGUCAAUUUCGGCGAGACAAACUUCGGCGGGCGUGCUGGCAGUGCUUCAACCUCGAAUACUUUGCAUCACGGCACCACCAGCACGUCCAACGCGACGGGGUCGUCCUCGACGAACGGGCCUGGUCAUGGUGGUGAUCAUACCGUAUUCCACGACGCCGUGACAGUUGGGCACGAUCACAACGAAAAGCUUGAUCAAGAUCCUGAUCAAAUCGCUCCACACGAAAUACGCUGAAUCAGCCCGCAAGACUGCUAUCAGUGACUUUGAUCAAGUUCAGGGGAUCUGCAGGACUGUUUCAAUGACGGAUGCAAAGACGGAUGCAAAGACAGUCACUCAUACCCGCGAUACCCUGUUUUGCGUUUUAAGAAGAUGAAGGAAGGAUAUCAUGAUGUUCAUAUGUCGAGUUUGUAUGCAUUAGCUCAAUACCAUGCC